AUGCUACCUCUAUGUUCUUGGCCCCUGGGCCUGCCUGCACACUCCUUCCUUAUGACGGCCCUUGACGCAUCCGCCCCCUCGUUGCCCUCCCCCCUCGCCAGCGUGGCUUACUACAACUACUUCAUCGGCACCGUGCCUGCGCUCGGCCCGUUGCUGCUCUCUCUGGACGUGCGAGGAAACUUCCUCACGGACCUGCCCUCAGCGAGCUACACGUGGUGCGGGUGCGCCGGGAACUGCAUGGCCGCGGCGACAGCGGCCGCCAAGUGCAUCAGCGGCGGCCCGGGCCAGCGGCCUGCGGGCGACUGUGCUGUCUGCGGCACCACCAACGGCGUGCCCCCCCUCUGUGCGAUGGGCGGAGUGUGCAAGGUGGACGCGAGUGCACGCGUCACUGCCGGCACUGUGAACCUGCCGGCACAGCCCGCGCUGCCCAUGACGUGCUCGCUCCUCAUGGAUCCAGUGGAUUGUGCGUGCUCCUCACCCUGCUCCUCACCCUGCUCCUCUCCGUGCUCACCCGUCGCCGCCAUGCAGAACAUCAAGAGCACGCUGGGUGUGACCUACACCACUUGGACCGCCACCAACCCGUGCCGCUACGCUCGAUCCGGAGUGGCUGUUGCAGGCGAGUGGACUGGCGUCACCUGCGUGGGCGGCAAGGUGUCCGACAUAAACAUCCCGGGAAAUCUCUUGAACUAUCGCCUGGACUCCUUCACCACCAACCUCCGGUCCUUGCCAGAGCUGGCUGUCCUCGGUGCUAUCUACAACUACCUCAUCGGCACCGUGCCUGCGCUCGGCCCUUUGCUGGUCUUGCUGGACGUGCGAGGCAACUUCAUAACGGACGUGCCAGCAGCCACCUACACGUACUGUGGGGGCUACUUGAACUGCCUGCCCACUCCCUCCAAGUGCCCCAGCGGCGGCACCACGCAACGCUCUGCCGCAGCUUGUAGUGUCUGCGGCACCACCAACGGCGUUGGCCCGUUCUGCGCCUCGACGGGAGGGGUGUGCUCAGUUGACGCGGCUGCACUCGUCACUGCCAGCACGGUGAACUCGCCCUCGCAGCCCGUGCUGCCUAUGUCGUGCAUGGAUCCAGUGGAUGUCGCCGCCAUGCAGAACAUCAAGACCACGCUGGGUGUGACCUACACCACUUGGACCGCCACCAACCCGUGCCGCAAUGCUCGAUCCGCGGUGGCCCUUGCGGGCGAAUGGACUGGUGUCACCUGCGUGGGCGGCAAAGUGUCCGACAUAAACAUCCCGGGAAAUCUCUUGAACUAUCGCCUGGACUCCUUCACCACCAACCUCCGGUCCUUGCCAGAGCUGGCUGUCCUCGGUGCUAUCUACAACUACCUCAUCGGCACCGUGCCUGCGCUCGGCCCUUUGCUGGUCUUGCUGGACGUGCGAGGCAACUUCAUAACGGACGUGCCAGCAGCCACCUACACGUACUGUGGGGGCUACUUGAACUGCCUGCCCACUCCCUCCAAGUGCCCCAGCGGCGGCACCACGCAACGCUCUGCCGCAGCUUGUAGUGUCUGCGGCACCACCAACGGCGUUGGCCCGUUCUGCGCCUCGACGGGAGGGGUGUGCUCAGUUGACGCGGCUGCACUCGUCACUGCCAGCACGGUGAACUCGCCCUCGCAGCCCGUGCUGCCUAUGUCGUGCAUGGAUCCAGUGGAUGUCGCCGCCAUGCAGAACAUCAAGACCACGCUGGGUGUGACCUACACCACUUGGACCGCCACCAACCCGUGCCGCAAUGCUCGAUCCGCGGUGGCCCUUGCGGGCGAAUGGACUGGUGUCACCUGCGUGGGCGGCAAAGUGUCCGACAUAAACAUCCCGGGAAAUCUCUUGAACUAUCGCCUGGACUCCUUCACCACCAACCUCCGGUCCUUGCCAGAGCUGGCUGUCCUCGGUGCUAUCUACAACUACCUCAUCGGCACCGUGCCUGCGCUCGGCCCUUUGCUGGUCUUGCUGGACGUGCGAGGCAACUUCAUAACGGACGUGCCAGCAGCCACCUACACGUACUGUGGGGGCUACUUGAACUGCCUGCCCACUCCCUCCAAGUGCCCCAGCGGCGGCACCACGCAACGCUCUGCCGCAGCUUGUAGUGUCUGCGGCACCACCAACGGCGUUGGCCCGUUCUGCGCCUCGACGGGAGGGGUGUGCUCAGUUGACGCGGCUGCACUCGUCACUGCCAGCACGGUGAACUCGCCCUCGCAGCCCGUGCUGCCUAUGUCGUGCAUGGAUCCAGUGGAUGUCGCCGCCAUGCAGAACAUCAAGACCACGCUGGGUGUGACCUACACCACUUGGACCGCCACCAACCCGUGCCGCAAUGCUCGAUCCGCGGUGGCCCUUGCGGGCGAAUGGACUGGUGUCACCUGCGUGGGCGGCAAAGUGUCCGACAUGGGCAUCGUCGGCAACUACCUCAUGGGCUCCGUGCCAGCGCUCGCCGCGAGUCUACGCAACAUGGACCUGCGGUUCAACUUCCUCACCGACCUCCCAGCGGUCACCUACUCCUCCUGCGGGGGUGCCGGCAACUGCCUGCUCACCCCCUCCAAGUGCUCAACCAUCGGCGGCUUGGUUCAGCGGGCUGCGGCGGAUUGUGCCUUCUGCGGCACCACCAACGGCGUGCCGCCGUUCUGCUGGGGGGCGGGAGGGGUGUGCACGGUGGACGCGAGUGCACGCGUCACUGCCGGCACUGUGAGCGGAACAGCACAGCCCGUGCUGCCCAGGACGUGCGUGGGCGGGCCGGUUGUGGCCAUCAAAGAAAGCACAGCCAUGCUGGCCCUCAAGGCCUCUCUCGGCGUCACUCUCACCACGUGGGCGGCCACUGCGCCGUGCCAAAUCUCGGGGCAGACCACCACGGCGGGAGUGUGGGGCGGCGUGCUCUGUGACAGCACUGGGAGUGUCAUCAGCAUCGGAGCGGUGUACAACUAUUUCAUCGGCACGGUGCCGGCGGUGGCAUCGAAGCUGAACACGCUGGACGUGCGCGGCAACUUCCUCACGGACGUGCCCACAGGAAGCUACUCCUGGUGUGGGGGCGGCGCUAACUGCCUCGUGUCGCCCGCCAAGUGCACCAACGGCAUCGGCUCCACCCAGCGCCCUGCUGCAGAUUGUGCCAUCUGCGGCACCACCAACGGCGUGGCCCCCUUCUGCUGGGGGGCGGAAGGAGUGUGCUCGGUGGACGCGAGUGCACGCGUCACUGCCGGCACUGUGAACGCGCCGGCACAGCCCGCGAUCCCCAUGGCGUGCGUGGGCAGCCCGGUUGCGGCCCUCAAGGAAAGCACAGGUGAGCAAGGCGUGUGCGAGAAGCACAGAUGGCCAUUGGGGUGGAUGUGGGGCGGUCCAGCAGCGUUGCCUCAUGAGGGCGCUGGGCCACAUGGGGCCGUGCUGCUCACAGCAGUGCCCACACCUCAGGUCCCUUCGUCCCCCUCCUUUUGCUCACGUGCUCCUUGGGGCCUCCCCCCACCUCCCUCUGCCUGCCUUGCUGCCCCUUUCCCCGCGUGCCCCUCACCAGCCAUGCUCGCCCUCAAGGCCUCUCUGGGCGUCACUCUCACCACGUGGGCAACCUCUGUGCCGUGCCAAAUCGGGGGGAAGACCACCACGGCCACAGUGUGGGGCGGCGUGCUGUGUGAUAGCACUGGCAGUGUCGUGAGCAUAUCUGUGGAGAACGCAAAGCUCAAGGGCUCACUUCCCACUGACAUCUCCACGCUCACAGCCCUCACCUUCCUCGGAGCGGUGUACAACUAUUUGAUCGGCACGGUGCCGGCGGUGGCAUCGAAGCUGAACUCGCUGGACGUGCGCGGCAACUUCCUCACGGACGUGCCCACAGGAAGCUACUCCUGGUGUGGGGGCGGCGCUAACUGCCUCGUGUCGCCCGCCAAGUGUACCAACGGCAUCGGCUCCACCCAGCGCCCUGCUGCAGAUUGUGCCAUCUGCGGCACCACCAGCGGCGUGGCCCCCUUCUGCUGGGGGGCGGAAGGAGUGUGCUCGGUGGACGCGAGUGCACGCGUCACUGCCGGCACUGUGAACGCGCCGGCACAGCCCGCGAUCCCCAUGGCGUGCGUGGGCAGCCCGGUUGCGGCCCUCAAGGAAAGCACAGGAGGGCAGGUGAGCAAGGCGUGUGCGAGAAGCACAGAUGGCCAUUGGGGUGGAUGUGGGGCGGUCCAGCAGCGUUGCCUCAUGAGGGCGCUGGGCCUCACACCUCAGGUCCCUUCGUCCCCCUCCAUUUUCUCACGUGCUCCUUGGGCCGUCCCCCCACCUCCCAUUGCCUACAUUAUUGCCCCUUCCCCUGCGUGCCCCUCACCAGCCAUGCUCGCCCUGAAGUCUUCGCUCGGCGUCACCCUCACCACGUGGGCGGCCUCUGUGCCGUGCCAACUCGCUGGGCAGACCACCACGGCUGCAGUGUGGGGCGGCGUGCUGUGUGACAGCACUGGGAGUGUCGUCAGCAUAGAUCUGAAUAACGCAAAGCUCAAGGGGUCACUUGCUGCGGAUGUCUCCACGCUCACAGCUCUCACCUUCCUCCCUGUCUGCCCACUCCUUAUGGUCGCCCUUGACGCAUCCGCCCCCUCGUUGCCCUCAUCCCUCGCCAGCGUGGCUUACUACAACUACUUCAUUGGCACCGUGCCUGCGCUCGGCCCGUUGCUGCUCUCUCUGGACGUGAGAGGAAACUUCCUCACAGACCUGCCCUCAGCGAGCUACACGUGGUGUGGCUGCGCCGGCAACUGCAUGGCCGCGGCGGCAGCGGCCGCCAAGUGCAUCAGCGGCGGCUCGGGUCAGAGGCCUGCGGCUGAUUGUGCCCCCUGCGGCACCACCAACGCCGUGGGCCCCUUCUGUGCGACGACAGGGGGAGUGUGCACGCUGGACGCGGCUGCACGCGUCACUGCCGGCACUGUGAACUCGCCUUCGCAGACCACGCUGCCCCUGGCGUGUGUGGGCGGGACGACUGUGGCCAUCAAAGAGAGCACAGCUUUUCUCCCCCCUCCUCCCACUGCCUGCCUUGUUGCCCCUGACCCCGCACACCCUUCACCAGCCAUGCUCGCCCUCAAGUCUUCGCUCGGCGUCACCCUCACCACGUGGGUGGCCUCUGUGCCAUGCCAACUUGCGGGGCAGACCACCACGGCUGCAGUGUGGAAUGGCGUGCUGUGUGACAGCACUGGGAGUGUCGUGAGCAUCAACCUGGCGCAGAAUGUCUUCAACUACCGCCUCGACUCCUUCACCACCAACCUCCAAUCCUUGCCAGUGCUGGCCAACCUUUUUAAAGGCCUUGUAUGCACCUCCCUUCUUGCUGCCCUCUCGCCCCUCCCCAGCGGUGCUAUCUACAACUACCUCACCGGUACCGUGCCCGCGCUCGCCUCUGGGCUGCGCUCUCUGAACGUGCGAGGAAACUUCCUCACGGACGUGCCAGCAGCCACCUACACAUAUUGUGGGGGCGACACCAACUGCCUGCUCACGCCCUCCAAGUGCGCCACUACUGGCACCACUCAGAGGCCCGCGGCAAACUGUGCCGUCUGCGGCACCACCAACGGCGUUGGCCCAUUCUGCGCAGCGGGAGGCGUGUGCACGGUGGACGCGAGUGAAGCCGUCACUGCCGGCACUGUGAACUCGGCGUCACAGCCCGUGCUACCCCUGGUGUGCCCGGCGCCGCCCGUGCUCGUUAAAGAAAGCGCAGCCAUGCUCGCCAUCAAGGCCGAGCUUGGCCUCUCCUACACCACGUGGGCGGCCACUGUGCCGUGCCAACUCGCAGGGCAGACCACCACGGCGAAAGUCUGGGGCGGCGUGCUCUGUGACAGCACUGGGAGGGUCGUGAGCAUAGCUCUGGAGAAUACAACAAAUCUCUACGGCUCGCUUCCCAUGGAGGUCUCCACACUCACUGCCCUCACCUACCUCGGUAUGGUCUACAACUACCUCAUCGGCACCGUGCCUGCGCUCGCCUCUCAGCUGCGCUCUCUGGACGUGCGAGGAAAUUUCCUCACGGACGUGCCAGCAAUCAACUACACGUUCUGCGGCUGCGCGGGGAACUGCAUGGUCACGCCCUCCAAGUGCAUCAGCGGCGGCACUGUUCAGCGGCCUGCGGCGCAGUGUGCCAUCUGCGGCACCACAAAUGGCGUGGGCCCCUUCUGCUGGGGGGCGGGGGGCGAGUGUGUGGCGGAUGUGAUGGCGCUGUGGGAUGUGGGCGCUGUCAACUCGCCCACGCGGCCCGUGCAGCCCAGUGUGUGCAUGGGCGGGUCCGUGCAGGCCAUGGUGAAUAGCGCAGCCAUGCUGGCGAUCAAGUCGUCGCUGGGCGUGACGCUCAACAGCUGGGCGGCAUCUGUGCCGUGCUCCGUGUGGGCGGUGUCACCGUCGGUGCCCACGUGGUCCAACGUCAUAUGCGACGGCGAAGGCAACGUUGUCAGGAUGUCGCUCUCGAAGCAGCUCUUCCAGGCAUCCCUUUCCACUUUCACCGCCAACCUCCUUGGAGCCACCAUGCUCAAUGAGCUCCAGCUGCAGUACAACUGGCUCUAUGGCUCCGUGCCAACCUCGCUCUUCACCCUGAAAUUGCUUUCCGUGCUUGACCUGAGCUACAACUACCUCACCGGCAGCUUCCCAGCGACGACCUCUCUGGCAAGUCUGGACAUCCGCAGCAACUUCUUCUACGCCGUGGGUUCCAUGACCCUGCAGUCCUGCGCCGCCCUCUCCAACUGCCUCGCCACUCCUGCCUCCUGCAGUUCGGCCGGCACCACCCAGCGCCCCACAGCAGACUGCGCCAUCUGCGGCUCCACCAAUGGGCAGCCGCCCUUCUGUGGCGGCACCGGCACGUGCUCGCCUGACUCUGGCCCAGCGGCCGCGCAGGGCACGCCCAACCUGGCGGGCUCGCCCCUGCUGCCCAUGGUGUGCAGUGGCAUCGCCAUCGACGCUGCUGAUGCUACGGUGCUGCUGGCGCUCAAGUCGUCGCUGGGCGUGACACUCAACAACUGGAACGCGGCAGCGCUGUGCACGUUGGAGGGGCAGACGCUGCUGCCCGCGCAGUGGGGCGGCGUGCGCUGUACUGGUGCAGGCAAAGUGACAAGCAUUACGCUGAAACGGCAGCAGCUGAAGGGCUCCAUUCAUCCCGACAUCUCCAAGCUCACCACACUCACUUACCUUGACUUGGGCUACAACCUCUUCCAGGGCCGUCUGGAUAUCUUUGCCAACCCGCUCAAGCCCCUCUCCACCCUCAAGGCGCUCUUCUUCCACUACAACUAUUUCGCCGGCCCAAUUCCGUCCGCCAUCGCCACGCUGCCGGCUCUCACCUCACUAGGCCUUUUCUCCAACUACCUCACAGGCACCGUGCCCAUCCCCUCCAAGUCCCUGCUCGCCCUAGACGUGGGCUUUAACUUCCUCUCGGGAGUCUUCCCGACUCUGCCGCUCAUGUUCUGUGCGGGCGAAAACAACUGCUUUGUCAACUCCACCAACUGCCGCACCUACGGUAGUGUGCAGCGCCCUGCCGGCGCCUGCGCCAUCUGUGGCACCGCUGCCGGCCAGGGCGACCUCUGCUUCGGCGGCUCCUGCGCUCCCAGCGCCACGGCUGCCAUCACCGCCGGCACUGUCAACUCGCCCAAUCAGCCCAUCCUGCCCAUGGCAUGUGCAGGUCAGUGUGUGCCGCACACGGCUGGAUACAAUUCGGCUGCGCCAAUGGAUACUGGCUCAGCGGUGGCGCUGUUGAACGUGAAGGCAGCGUUGGGAGUGACGUUCACCAGCUGGCUGGCUGCAUCGCCCUGCGCCAUCGCCAACUCCUCCAUCACCGUCGCCGGCACCUGGACUGGCGUGCUCUGCUCCUCUGCUGGCGACGUCCUCAGCAUGUCAGUUCCCCCUGCCCCUGCAUGCCACAUCUCCAACCUCUCCUCCUCCGCCCUGGGUGGCACCAUGCACGCCGACAUCUCCAAGCUCACCGCCCUCACCUACCUGUCAGUGCCCUCACCUACCUGUCAGUGCCCUCACCUAUCUGUCAGUGCCCUCACCUACCUGUCAGUGCCCUCAACCCCCCUCGCUCGCUGCUUCUUCCAACGCCUUCAACGUGUUGUCUCUUACCCUAAAACCCCCUCACCCACUUUCCUCUCUGCCUGCUUGCCUCUCACAUGCGCCACUUCAAAGGGUCCCUCUAUGCCUCAGCUCUGCCUGCUCCUUGUCUCAAUCGCCCACCCGCUCCCGUUUCCACUUGCUCCUCCAAUGUCCUUACCCCCCUGUGCGUGCUCUGUGUGGCGCCUAUCCCCCCCGCCCCUGCAGCGACCUGUCGAAGAACGUGCUGCGCGCCAGCCUGGCGAGCUUCGUCUCAUCCUUCUCCAGCCUCCAGGCGCUCCAGCAGCUGUCAGUGCCACAGCCCUGAUCCUCCAUGUUCCCCCACUCGUGUUGCCCUCACUUCACCCAUGUUGUGCCCCCACUCAUGCUGUGCCCUUACUCGGACUGCUCCAGCACACACCACCAUGUGUGAGCCUGCCUGCACACAGCCUCGCACUGCACGCCACCGUGCUCCUUCAGCACGUGCACUGCAUUCAACUCCACAUAUUCACUUGCAUCCGUUUCCCCUUCCUUGUCUCCCCCCAGGCCAUGGUCGCCACGCCACCACUCAUUCAUCUCUUCUUGCCUCUUUCUCCCCCCUCUUUCUCCCCCCUCUUUCUCCCCCCUCUUUCUCCCCCCUCUUUCUCCCCCCUCUUUCUCCCCCCUCUUUCUCCCCCCUCUUUCUCCCCCCUCUUUCUCCCCCCUCUUCCUCACCCUUCCUGGCACGGCAGGGAUGUGCAUGCAAACGCACUGACAGGGUCGCUGCCCGCCAUAUCAUCGGUGCUGCGCUCGCUCCUCCUGCACGACAACUUCCUUGCUGGCAGCUUCACAGCGGCCGCCCUCACCGCGUGCGACGCCAGCCUCAAUUGCAUGACCAGCGCCGCCGCCUGCAGCUCCACCAGCACCACGCAGAGGGCCGCUGCUGCCUGUGCCAUCUGCGACAGCGCAGCGGCGCAAGGGCUGCUGUGCUGGGGCGGCACGUGCCUGCCCAACGUCACCGACACCGCCGCCCACCCUGACGGGCUGGCCCCGCCGCCCAUGUACUGCUCUGGAUCUCCUGUGGUCACCAUCAGCAACGUUGAUGCGGUAGCGCUGGCGGCGCUGAAGGCUGCGAUCGGGGUGAGCUUCACCACGUGGGCGCCCACCACCUUCUGCACCGUGGCGCCCACCACGCCCAUCACCGGCACGUGGGACGGCGUGCUCUGCAACUCCGCCGGCAGAGUCGUCAGCCUGUCAGUCCGCCUGCACUGCCCUCUUCUCCCUCGCCUCUGCACUGCUCUCUGCUCGCCUGCCCUUGCUCUGCGUGCCACUUCUCUCUGGAUGCUCUUGCUCUGCCCAACUUCCACUGCCACUGCCCUCUGCUCACUCAUUUUGUUUUCUGCAUGCUGCAUGUCCAUGGUGUGUCUUCUCCUUGUCUUGGGCUCAUUGCUCUCAUGCACCCCCUCUUAUCACUCCCAUCCCUUGUGUGUGGCACGCCUUCCUUCCGCGUCCACCAGGCUACUCCCCAACAGCAAGCUCACAGGCACUCUGCCACUCGUUGUCUCCACCCUCACCGCGCUCACUGCCAUCGACCUCACCUCCAACCUCCUCCUGGGCCGCCUGGACGAAGUUGCCACGCAGCUGCGCCUGCUCACCAACCUCAAAUCCAUGUGCGUCGCCAUAGCUGCUGCUGCUGCUGUCCCACCUCCCAACUCCGCCGCCCCUUCCACUCACCUGCAAUGCUUCUUCUUGUGCCUCUCUUUGGCGCUCUGCCCCCUCCGCAACACCUUGCGAUUCUUUUCCUCCAUCAUGACCUCACCUCCAUCCUCCACCCAUAACACUGGCUCAUCCAUGGGCAAUUGCCUCCCCGCCCCACCGUGCCCUCCUCUGCCCCACAGCACUCUAGGCUACAACUACCUGACGGGCGCGCUGCCCCCGGUGACAUCCCCGCUCGCAGUGGUGGACGUGCAGUUCAACUUCCUGGGCGGCACCUUCCCCGCGCUCACGCUCUCCCGCUGCGCCGCGCGCAUGAACUGCUUCCUCGACGCCUCCAAGUGCAACUACCCCAACCGCGCCGCCGAGCUCCCUCGGGCUCCUGCGGCAUGUGCCAUCUGCAACACCACCAACGCGCAGGGCCGCCUGUGCAGCGGCGGGCUGUGCACCGUCAACGCCACGGACCUCGUGGCACUCGGUGCGCCCAACAGUGCUGCAUCGCCCACACUGCCGCUCAUCUGCGUGGGAGCGGCGUUUGUGGCGAUGGACUCGGUGCAUGCAGCAGCCAUGCUGAACCUCAAGGCGUCGCUGGGAGUGACCUUCACUGAAUGGAAGGCCGACUCGCCCUGCUCCCUGCCCGAUGCCGUCGCCCCCGGGUCAUGGAGUGGGGUAGCCUGCGACGCCACUGGCAAAAAGCUGGCGGGCAGCAUCCACUCCGACAUCUCCAAGCUCACCACGCUCACCUUGCUGUCAGUCCUCACGCCCUCCUCUCUCCGCCUCUCACUCUCACCUACCUGCACUUCAAUUCUGAUAUUCCCUGCGCAUCCGUUUCUUGAGGCGCCUCAAACGCGCUCUGCGUUCCUGAUAUUCAACACGUCCGCAACUCAAGAUGCCAGUCUGCGUUAUGCUGAAUCGUUUCUUGUGUGCUCGCCUUCCAUGGCUGCGCCCUGCAGUGACCUGCAGUCCAACCUGCUGCAGGGGCGGCUGGACUCCUUCACAGCCAGCAUCAAGACGCCCCUCGUGCUCAAGGAGCUCGCUCUGCAGUUCAACUACCUUGUUGGUCCGUUCCCCUCCACGCUGCUCGCCCUCUCCACUCUCUCCAAGCUCUCCGUGGGCUACAACUACCUCACGGGCCCCUUUCCCACCGUGCCAGCAUCCGCCAAGUCGCUGGACGUGCAGGGCAACUUCCUGUCGGGUUCCUUCCCCACCAACGCGCUCACCUACUGCGCCGCCACCACCAACUGCCUCACCGACGCCAACAACUGCGCGUCUAUUGGCAUCACACAGCGCACCCCCUCGGAAUGUGCCAUCUGUGGCACCAGCUUUGGCCAGGGCACGCUGUGCGGGGGUGUCACCUGCCUUGUCAACACCACCGGCGUCACGGCGCCUCCCACCGCCACAUCUCUCCCUCGCAACCUCUACUGCACGCCGGUUGCACUGGACACCAACACCAGUGAGUGCUGCUUGCUCCUUCUCGCAUGCCCCUCUCCUGCUCCCUUUCCCAAUCUUACCUUCGCCCUGCACCCCUCCUCUCGCCCUAAACCCACCACCACCCCAUUCCCUCUCCUCCCACGUGCAGCCACGACGCUGCUGGCGCUGAAGACGGUGCUGGGAGUGACGGCCACGGACUGGAGUGCAACGACGGUGGCACUGAAGCCCAAGGCGCUGAAGAGCAGCAGCGUGCCCCUCGCCACCAUGGUGGGCGCCUGCACCAUCGAGGGGCAGACCCCUGCUCCCGGCUCGUGGACCGGCGUCUUCUGCAACUCCGCUGGUGCCAUCGUCGCCCUGGUGAUGCCCAACCAGAAGCUCACUGGAAGCCUGUCGGCGGACAUCAGCAAGCUCACAGCUCUCACCGCGCUGGAUCUGAGCGCCAAUCUCUUCCAGCGGGGCCUUGAUGCGUUCGUGGCGCCUCUCACCGCUGUCAAGACACUCAAGUCGCUCCCUCUCCAGCAUGUGAGUGCCUCUCGCCACCUGCUCUCUGCGUGCCCCCUCCUGGUGGACCCCUUCUUCGCCCACAUAUUUUCUUCUCCCACCUUUCCUCUCCCAGCACCCAUCACUCACCACUCAUCAUUGCUUAAAUAUUGCCAUUUCUCGUCCCCCCAUCCUCCCUGCACCCCCUCUCCCCUCCCCAUGGCUGCGCGCAGCAAGCUGAACCGCAACUACCUGACGGGGGUGGUGCCAGCCGUGGGGGCAGCGGUGAAGGCGCUCAACGUGGCGGGCAACUUCCUCUCGGGCUCCUUCCCCACCACCGGCCUCACGGCGUGCGAUGCGCGCUCCAACUGCUUCACAGACGCCUCCAAGUGCACCAACACGCUCGGCACCGCACAGAGGGCCGCUACAGAAUGCAACAUCUGUGGCACCACGGGGGCUGUCGGCCCGUUCUGCGGCGGCGGCUUCUGCAUCCCCAACGCCGCCGCGCCCGCCGCUGCCGGCACGCCCAACACGGAGGGGCAAGCGGUGCUGGCGAUGUCGUGCGUGGGUGGCCCCAUCGAGGUCACCAUGCGCGGCGUCAUGCUCAACCUCAAGGCGUCGCUGGGGGUGACUCUGACGGACUGGGUGGGCACGGCUCCGUGCAACAUCGCGGGGCAGGCCCCCGUGGCGGGGUCGUGGUCCGGCGUGGAGUGUGACUCGGCUGCCAAGGUCACCAGCAUCAACCUCACGAAUCAAGGGCUCAAGGGCAGCUUGCCUUCUGACAUCUACAAGCUCACCACUCUCACCUCGCUUCUUGUUGCCACUCACACGCUCUUCUUCACCACCGCCCCUUUCUUCCUCUCCUCUCCUCCGCGCCCCCCUGCGUGCGUGCAGCGUGCUGGACAGCAACCUGCUGCAGGGCCGCCUGCCCUACUUCACCACCAACUUCAGAAACCUCGUGGCACUCAAGCGCUUGUCAGUCGCUUCUGCUCCCUGCCUGCCCGCUGUCCAUGCCAUGGCCCCUGUCGCAUGCUCACAUGUGACGGUGGUGCGUUUUAUCCCUGUGCUCUCUGCUCUUCCAGAUUGUGUGCCCUCACUUUGUGUGGUGCUGCGUGCCUUGCCCUCACUGCUCGUACCCACCCUGCCGCCCCCCCGUGCCUGCCCGUCUGCAGCAAGGCUCGCUUCAACUUCUUCUCGGGCACGAUGCCCACCCAAACGCUGCUCUGGCUGCCCUUCCUCACCCACCUGUACCGCCUUCAUCCCUCCUCAUCCCCCACUGCCUGCCCACCUUUUACCCACCACCCAGCCUCUCACGUCCUUGUGUCUCUCGCUCCACCUGCCCGUGUGCUGCUGUGCCGUCCUCCCAGUGACAUGAGCUACAACUACCUCACAGGUCCCCUGCCCAGCGCCAUAGGCACGGCGCUCAAGACGCUGGAAAUUGGAGGCAACUUCCUGUCGGGCGCCAUCGGCAACUUCCCCGGCGUGGCGUGCUCGGCUGCGCUCAACUGCCUGACCUCCCAGGGCAGCUGCACCACCGGCGGCGUUCAAAACCGUGCCGGCUGUAACAUCUGCGGCAGCGCUGACGCCCAGGGCACUCUGUGCGGCGGCGGGCUGUGCGUGCCCAACGCCACAGCGGCUGUGGUGGCGGGACAGACCCCCACGCUGUCCACGCCCGUCAUGCCCAUGUACUGCACGGGGGUCAUCAUGAACACCGUCGCAGUCGCGGCGCUACUCAACAUAAAGACGGCGUUGGGAGUGACCUUAUCGGACUGGACGGCCCCCACGACGCUGCUCAAGCCCAAGGCUGCGGCGGGCAGUGGCAGUGUGGCACUGACGGACUGGCUGACCACGGGUGGCUACUGCACAGUGGAGGGGCAGACGGCCGCUCCUGGUGCCUUUUCCGGCGUGCGCUGCAAUGCCCUCGGCCAGCCUGUCAGCCUGAAUCUGCCGUUCCAGAAGCUGACUGGCUCUCUCCACGCUGACCUCAGCAAGCUCUCUGCACUGACCGUGCUGGAGCUGAGUUACAACUUUCUCAGAGCACCCGUCGAGCCUUGGGCCUCGGCCAUCAAGCUGCUCACCAACCUGCUAUCGCUCAAGCUCAGCAACAACUAUCUCUACGGCUCUGUGCCCCUCUGGCUCGUCUCUUUCGCCAAGCUCACCAACCUGUCAGUGGCCCACCCUCUCCGCGAGCUGAGCGUGAACGCUCUCACAGGCACGUUCCCGGCACCCAUCUCCACCGCACUCAAACGUCUCAUGGUGGACCAGAACUUCCUGGGAGGCACCUUCCCGGCCAACAGCGCCACCUACUGCACGGCCUACUACAACUGCAUCCCCACCUACAUCACCUGCAACUCGCUCAACCCCAACGCGCCCAACCCCAGCGCCAGCUGCCAGAUCUGCGGCAUGACAGACGGCCUGGGCACGGCGUGCAUGGGCAACCCGUGUGUGCCUGUGACGCCAUCGCCCAUCACAGCCAUCAACAAGUGGAGCCCCGCCCCCGCCAUGCGCUGCGACCCUGUACCCAUCCAGGCCACCCAAGCGUCUGCGCUGGUGGCCAUGACGCCGGGGCAGUGGGGGGCGCAGACCACGUGCACGUUGGCAGGGCAGCCCACCGCCGCCGGCACCUCCCCCUCCGUCUACUGCAACCCUGUCGGGCUCGUCCUCGAAAUGUACACCCGCCUGCUCGCCCCGCCCCUCUCUGCGGCCCAACCCGCCCCCUUUCGCACCUCCAUUUCAUGCCUGCCUCGGGCUCCUUCCCCAUCCACGUGUCAAAGCUCUCCGCGCUUACCAAGCUGUAAGCUCUCCUCUCACUGCCACUGCAUGCCCCUCACAUGCCACUGCAUGCCCCUCACACGCCACUGCAUGCCCCUCACACGCCACUGCAUGCCCCUCACACGCCACUGCAUGCCCCUCACACGCCUCUGCAUGCCCCUCACACGCCACUGCAUGCCCCUCACAUUCCAGCUCAUGCCUUGCACUCCUUGCAAUGCCAAUACAUUCCACCAAGCACGUGUGUGCCGUGUGUGUGCGCUGCGCUGCGCUGUGCCCACCGUGGCUGGCAGGGACCUGUCGGCCAACCUCUUCUCUGGCCGCCUUGACUCCUUCCUCGCGCCCUUCCUCGCCCUCAAGACUCUCAACUCCCUCCGCCUCCACCAGAACUACUUCUCGGGCUCCUUCCCGACCGGCAUCUCCGCCCUCACUGCGCUCACGGAGCUGCGGCUGAACCUGAACUACCUGACAGGCAGCAUGCCGGCAGCGCUGCCAGGGACCCUCAAGGUGAUCGACCUGUCGAGCAACUACCUGGUGGGCACCUUCCCCACCACCACCGCCACCUCCGUCGCCUGCGCCAGCAACUGCCUGCAGGACGCCUCCAAGUGCCCCGCCGGCUCUGCUCAGCGCGCUGCAGGCGCCUGUGCCAUCUGUGAGACGCCCGACGCCACGGGCAGCAUGUGCAACGGCGGCAUCUGCACGCCCACCGCCGCCACCACUGUCAACAAUGGCACCGCCGCGCUCUUCUGCGUUGGCUCCUCCAUGGAUCCUGCCAUGGGUCAGUGUGCUGGGGGGGAGGAUUGUGCACCUUCCCCCCCCUCUCACCCCCCCCCUCUCCUCCCCCCUUUCCCCUCACCCAGCAGCGGCGCUGCCGAACCGGCGGCGCUGCUGAACGUGAAGGCGUCGAUGGGGCUGGCGUUCACCAACUGGGCGCUGGGCGCGCCCUGCACCAUGCAGGGGGUGCCGCCGCUGCCAGGCGCCUGGUCCAACGUCCUCUGCAGCCCCAACGGCAAAGUCGUCGCGCUCAAUCUGGCGCAGCAGUAUGUUCCAGGGACCAUGCAUGCGGACAUCUCCAAGCUCACUUCCCUCACCUACAUGCUAUGCAGCAGGCCCCCAAGCUCCAGCAGGCCCCCAAGCUGCAGCAGCCAUGGCUCUUCCCACUACCCCACCUCCUCUUGCUCUCACCCCUCUCCUCGCUCUCCCCGUCGCAUGCCUACUUGCUCUGCCUGCUCCGAUCGACAUGCUGCCCCCCCACCCCACCUGCUGUCCUCCCCACUAGUCACUUUUCCAUGUGCAAAUGCUUCCAUGCAUGUGUGCAUAUGCUCGCUGCAUGCUUCCAUCCGUCCCCUCCUGUGUCCGUUGUCCCUCUCACUUCAUCUGCGCUUUCACCUUUCUUCCUCAUUCCUUGCUUCACCUUCCAUCUCACGCCUGCGUCUCUCUGCUCUCCUCUGUGCCUGGGCCCCCUGCAUCCCUCGCAGCAAUGUGCGCACCAACUACCUGGAGGGUCGUCUGGACGUCUUCACCACCAACUUCAAGGCGCUCACGGCGCUCAAGGAAGUCUACUUUGACUACAACUACUUCUCGGGGCCCAUCCCCUCCGCCCUCGUGGCCAUGGCCUCCCUCUCCACCUUUGGGGCGAGGUGGAACUACCUGUACGGUGCCGUGCCCCCUCUGGCCCCCGCACUCAAGACGCUCGCUGUGGACGGCAACUGGCUGUCGGGCACCUUCCCCGGCGCCGGCUUCUCCUCCUGCUCCGCCACCAAGAACUGCUUCGCCAGCAUCGGCGCCUGCACCACGGGAGGCACGGUGCAGCGCAACGCCACUACUGAGUGCGCCGUGUGCGACUCGCCGGACGGCACGGGCACCAUCUGCGGCGGCGGCACGUGUGUGCCCAACACAAUCAACAUAUACCCAAACGGCCCUUACUACGCUCCGCGACCGCGCUUCUGCGUGGGCGUGGCGCUGGACGCCACGCAGGGCAACAUCCUGCUGGCACUCAAGACCACGCUGGGUGCCACCUUCUCUGAUUGGACCGCCGCCACGCUCGCCGCCCCCAAGGCCACCUCCCCUAAGACCAAGACCGGCAAGAAGCCCAAGUCGGGGGGGAAGCGGCGCGUGCUGCAAGGGAGGGGGUCGAUGAUGCAGUAUGACUGGAAGCUGGUGGGGUCGUGCACCAUCCAGGGCCAGACACCCAUUGCUGGGGCGUGGACUGGCGUGCGCUGCUCUCCGCUCGGCCAAGUCGUCGCCCUUGAGCUGCAGGGCCGGCAACUGGGUGGCACAGUGCACUCGGACAUCAGCAAGCUCACCACCCUCACCUCGCUGCGGCUGUCGUCCAACCUCUUCUUCAACCGCCUCGACUCCUACAUCGUGCCCAUCACGGCCGCAGCCAGCCUCAAGGAGCUCCCUCACCGCACACCCUCCUUCACUCAACUCCUCUUCUCCAACUACUUCACUGCCCCACCUCUCACAUUCCCCCCCCGUCCAUCAUACCGCUUCGAGCUGCACCCAUUCGUUCCUAACGCGCAGCCCUUGUUUCCUGUGCUGUGCGUGCAACUCGCCAGCGCGCUGAGCAGAAACUACCUCACGGGCACGCUGCCCAAGCCUGCGGCCACACUCAAGGCGCUCGACACGGAGUUCAACUUCCUCUCGGGCACCUUCCCCGCCGCCUCUCUGGGCUACUGCACCGUGCGCGGCAACUGCUUCCUCGACGCCUCUGCCUGCGUCAACUUCGACGGCACCUUGCAGAGAGGCGCCGGGUGCAACGUGUGUGGGUCGUCCAACGGGCAGCUGCCGAUGUGUGGCGGGGCCGUGUGCACGCCCGACCCCUCCGCGUAUGUGGCGGGCAAAGUGGCCAACAGCGCCAGCGCGCCCACCCUCGCCCUCAAGUGCCCCCCCUUGGCCCUUGAUGCCACGUCCUCGGCCGUGCUGCUCAAAAUCGGGGCGGCGCUGGGAGUGACGCACACGGACUGGAGUGCCAGCAGCACCUGCAACAUCAUUGGGCAGACCAUCGCCCCCAAGUCCUUCCCGGGUGUCUGGUGCAGCGGCAGCGGCGCCGUCGUCUCCCUCAAGCUGAACAACCUGAAGCUGGGGGGCACCAUACAUGCAGACAUGACCAAACUCACCAGCCUCACCUACCUGUAUGUGCAUCACCCACCUGUGAGUGCAUCACCCACCUGUGAGUGCAUCACCCACCUGCACCUGGGUUAUAAUCUGCUGUAUGGCCGCCUCGCCACCUUUGUCUCCAGCAUCACCCCGCUCACCACUAUUGUCGUCCUGAACCUGAGCUUCAACUACCUCUACGACAGCAUACCCUUCGCUCUUCUCAACAUGCCAUCCCUCACCGAAAUGGCCGUAACGGCCAUUGGCUCCGCUGCUGGUGAGGCGUGGGGGAGUGCCGUCAGUGAGGUGUGGGGGAGUGCUGUCAGUGAGGCGUGGGGGAGUGCUGUCAGUGAGGUGUGGGACCCCUCUCUUUCUAGCGCCCUUGGUGUGGAUGCGCUGAUAAGCAUAGGGAAGGGCCCGACAGGACUUAAGCUCCUGGAGUGGAUGCUGCUGCAGCUUUACCCUCCUUUCUGCAUCUGUAUGUCAGUGGUUGUUCCAUCCAUCAGAAUAUCCAUCCAGGAUCUCUAUUCACAUACCAUGCAUCGCCCGUGCUGCCCGUGCAGAGGGCUGAGUGGCAACUACUUGACGGGUGUGCUGCCGAGCGUGUCAACCAAGGUGCAGGCCAUUACCGUGGCCAACAACUUGCUUGCGGGCACCAUCACGUCACAGGCCUACAAGUACUCCGACUUCCGCAACAACUGCUUGAGCCUCUUUGGCAUCCCCCAGCGCACCACCGGCUGUGCCAUCUGUGGCACCACCAAUGCCGUGCCGCCGCUGUGCAGCGGCGCCCCCUGCGUUCUCAACGCCACGGACGCCCUGGCGGCCGGCACGGUGAACAACCUCACGGCGCCCCUGCUGCCCUUCUACUGCGGCCGCCCCGCUAUAGACGCCACUGCUGAUUUUUUCCUCACCACCCUCUCUCUGCCUCCACUCCAAUCCCAUUCCUUCCCCACCUCCCUUUCCAACCGCCCGCCUUCCCCGUGGGCAUGUGGGGACAGCGCAAACACUGCUGGUGCUGAGGGCGGCGCUGGGAGUGUCGCAGAGCACGUGGCUGCUGGACUCGCCGUGCGACGUGGUGGGCAACCCCCCCAUGCCGGGCAGCUGGGCGGGCGUUGGCUUGAUCUGGUCAACAUGGGUCUCAGAGGGAGCCUGCCUGCCGACUUGACGAAGCUGACGGCUCUCACCAAGAUCAACCUGGCGUCCAACCUGUUGGAGGGGCGCCUGGCCGAGUGGGGCACCAUGCUCACCACCGUCAAGUCGCUCAAGCACCUCGCUCUCAACUACAACUGGUUUUCCGGCACUCUGCCAGCCUAUCUGCUCUCUCUCUCGACCCUCACAACCCUCAACGUGCACUACAACUACCUCACCGGCUACCUGGCCCCCAUAGCAGCAACCCUCAAGACCAUCAACGUCGCCUCCAACUUCCUGGCGGGCCCCUUCCCUGCGUCCUCCACCACCAUGUGUGACGCGCGCAACAACUGCCUAAGCAGCGCCGCCAACUGCGUCUCGUCGGGCUCCUCCGUGCAGCGCGCUUCCUGCACCAUCUGCAAUGGCACCGCCGCCAAUGUGCUGUGCGGUGGGGGCGUGUGCUCGCCCAACACGGACGGCCAGCUCGCCUCCAAGACGCCCAACAGCGCCACCGCUGGCGUGCUGCCCAUGCGCUGCACUGGAGUUCGAAUCGACCCCGCAGCUCGUGAGUUCCGCGCCUCCUCCAUGGGCCUGCUCCAUGGGCCUGCUCCAUGGGCCUGCUCCAUGGGCCUGCUCCAUGGGCCUGCUCCAUGGGCCUGCUCCAUGGGCCUGCUCCAUGGGCCUGCUCCAUGGGCCUGCUCCAUGGGCCUGCUCCAUGGGCCUGCUCCAUGGGCCUGCUCCUCUGCUGCUCGCGUCCUCGCUCCUCGCCCCACUUGCCAUGCCCUCGGCGGUCUUUGGUGCUCCUCCCCCUUUCACCCACCGCCCUUUCCUGUUUCCGUCGCCACUGUGCGUCCCCAUUCUUGCUCCCCUGCUUGCCCCUCUGCUUUUCCCCCUGUGUGCCCCCUCCUUGCAGUGCCGAUCCUGGCGAACUUGAAGACGGCGCUGGGAGUGCCGCACCCAGGGUGGGGCGAGCAGACGAUGUGCACGGUGUCGGGCAUCCCCAAAGGCCCUGAGGACAUGCCUGCCGUGUACUGCAACUGGCAGGGCAAGGUCAUCGACCUCUUCCUCAAGUGGCGCCUCAUGCGCGGCGUCAUGCACCCCGACAUCUCCAAGCUCACCGGCCUCACCGCCCUGGACCUGUCGGGCAACUUCCUGUCGGGCCGCUUGGACCCGUUCAUCACGCCGCUCACCGGCCUCGCCGGCAUGAAGAUCCUGUACGCCCGCCAGCCCGCGCCCCCUGCGCCCCCCCCUUCUCUUCUCCCGCACUCUCUUGCAUUCCUUGUACCUUCGCCGCUGUCGGUGGCCCUUUCCUGCCUGUCCCUCCUCCGCUCUAACCUGCCAUGUGGGAAUUGCCCUCUUCCCCCCUUCUCUCCUCGUCCCCCUGCUCGCAGCAUCAUGAACUACAACUUCUUCUCCGGCUCCAUCCCCUCCACCGUCUCCUCCAUCAAGAACCUCUUAAUGCUGAGCCUGGGGUGGAACUACCUGACGGGCACGGUGCCGGACAUGCCACCGAAGCUGAAGGUGCUGGACCUCGAGUACAACUGGCUCUCGUACACCUUCCCGACGGCCACCACCACCACGUCCACGUGGGACUUCUGCACCGUGCGCCAGAACUGCUUCAUCGACCCCACCCCCUGCGGCAAUGGCAACAUCAUCCAGCGCUACUCCUGCGCCGUGUGCGGCACCAAGGACGCCAACGGCACGCUGUGUGGUGGCACCACCACGUGCCAGCCCGACCCCGCGGCCGUCAGGGCCGCCACCAAUCGCCAAACCAGUGGCGCCCCCCAGCUCGCCAUCACCUGCCCCCCCCCACAGCCCGUCGCCACCGACGCCACCGCAGUGGGGGCGCUGAUGAACAUCAAGAUGGCGCUGGGAUUGACGUACACGGACUGGGCGUCCACCUCCACCUGCGCGGCUGCUGGCACGGCCCUCGGGGGCUUCACUGGCGUCGAGUGCAACUCGCUUGGCAACCCCGUCAAGAUCACCCUGGACAGUCAGAAGCUGUUUGGCAUUCUGCAUGCUGACAUCACCAAGCUCACUGCACUCACAUUCCUCUCGCUCAAGUCGAACCUCUUCAGGGCGCGCCUGGACGAGUUUGCCAGCAAGAUUCCAUCGCUGCCCAACCUUGCAGUGCUGUGA